AUGGUCGAAUUUCCAUAUUCCAGUGCUCCCCUGCGGACUGUUAAAGAAGUUCAGUUUGGUAUGUUCUCCCCCGAGGAAGUACGUGCCAUUAGUGUGGCUAAAGUUGAAUUCCCAGAAACUAUGGACGAAACCCAAAUGAGAGCAAAAGUAGGUGGUCUGAACGAUCCUCGUCUCGGGUCGAUUGACCGUAGCUUCAAGUGUCAAACUUGUGGUGAAGGCAUGAAUGAUUGUCCUGGCCACUUUGGUCAUAUAGAACUAGCUAAACCAGUUUUCCACAUUGGCUACCUUUCUAAAAUUAAGAAAGUCUGUGAAUCAGUUUGCAUGCAUUGUGGUAAACUUCUAUUGGACGAACACAGCGAAUUAAUGAGACAGGCAAUUAAAAUCAAAGACCCAAAGAGAAGAUUCAACGCCGUUUGGUCCUUAUGCAAAGCUAAAAUGGUUUGCGACACUGAGGUACCAUCCGAUGACGAUCCAGCUAGAUAUGUCUCUAGAGGUGGCUGUGGCAACACACAACCAAGCGUUAGAAAAGAUGGGCUCUCUUUGGUAGGUACGUGGAAAAAGGAUAAAGGCGCAGACGACGCCGAUCAACCUGAAAGACGCAUUAUUUCUGCUGAUGAAGUUCUUAAUGUUUUCAAACACAUCUCUCCGGAGGACUCUGUGCGUUUAGGAUUCAACGAAGACUUUGCCAGGCCAGAAUGGAUGAUUUUGACGGUUUUGCCAGUUCCCCCACCCCCAGUGCGCCCCUCCAUUUCCUUCAAUGAAACCCAGAGAGGUGAAGAUGAUUUGACGUACAAACUUGGUGAUAUCUUAAAAGCGAAUAUCAACGUCCAAAGACUUGAGAUUAAUGGUUCGCCACAGCACGUAAUACAGGAAUCGGAGUCUCUGCUACAAUUUCAUGUGGCGACCUAUAUGGAUAACGAUAUUGCUGGGCAACCUCAGGCUCUACAAAAGUCUGGCCGUCCAAUCAAAUCUAUACGUGCUCGUCUUAAGGGUAAGGAAGGUCGUAUCAGAGGUAAUCUUAUGGGAAAACGUGUUGAUUUCUCUGCACGUACUGUGAUUUCAGGUGACCCGAAUUUGGAUUUGGACCAGGUCGGCGUUCCAAAGUCCAUCGCCAGAACUCUAACCUACCCAGAGGUUGUAACUCCUUACAAUAUCGAUCGUCUAACACUGUUGGUGCGCAACGGUCCCAACGAACAUCCUGGUGCCAAAUAUGUUAUUCGUGAUAACGGUGAUCGUAUCGAUCUGAGAUAUAGCAAGAGGGCAGGUGAUAUUCAAUUACAAUACGGUUGGAAAGUGGAGCGUCACAUCAUAGAUGAUGAUCCAGUACUGUUCAAUCGUCAGCCAUCUUUACACAAAAUGUCAAUGAUGGCUCACAGGGUCAAAGUUAUGCCUUAUUCCACAUUUAGAUUGAAUCUGUCUGUCACCUCUCCUUAUAAUGCCGAUUUUGAUGGUGACGAAAUGAAUUUGCAUGUUCCACAAUCAGAGGAGACUAGAGCAGAGCUCUCGCAACUUUGUGCCGUUCCUCAACAAAUUGUAUCUGCACAGUCAAACAAGCCAUGUAUGGGUAUCGUUCAGGAUACUUUAUGUGGUGUCCGUAAGAUGACUUUGAGGGACACCUUUAUCGAGUUAGACCAAGUUCUCAAUAUGCUGUACUGGAUCCCGGACUGGGACGGGGUGAUUCCAACUCCUACAAUUUUGAAGCCUAAGCCUCUAUGGUCUGGUAAGCAAAUCCUAUCGAUAGCUAUUCCAAAAGGUAUUCACUUGCAAAGGUUUGAUGAAGGUACAACUCUGCUGUCACCUAAAGACAACGGUAUGCUGAUUAUCGACGGCCAAAUAAUAUUCGGUGUUGUGGAUAAAAAGACUGUUGGAUCCUCAAGCGGUGGUUUAAUUCACGUAGUCACAAGAGAAAAAGGUCCAAAGAUCUGCGCAAGGUUAUUCAGCAACUUACAAAAGGUGGUCAACUUUUGGCUACUCCACAAUGGUUUCUCGAUCGGCAUAGGUGAUACAAUUGCAGAUGAGAAAUCUAUGAGAGAAAUCACAGAUGCUAUCAUGGUCGCAAAGAGAAAGGUAGAGGAAGUUACUAAAGAAGCCCAAGCUAAUUUGCUAACAGCAAAGCACGGAAUGACGCUUCGUGAAUCUUUUGAAGAUAACGUGGUACGUUACCUGAAUGAAGCCAGAGAUAAGGCUGGUCGGUCUGCAGAAGUCAAUUUGAAAGACUUAAACAACGUCAAACAAAUGGUAAGUGCUGGUUCCAAGGGUUCCUUUAUUAAUAUUGCACAAAUGUCGGCUUGUGUGGGUCAACAAUCGGUGGAAGGUAAGCGUAUCGCUUUUGGCUUUGCCGAUCGUACGCUACCUCACUUUUCUAAAGAUGACUACUCUCCAGAAUCGAAAGGUUUUGUCGAAAAUUCAUAUUUGAGAGGUUUAACUCCACAAGAAUUUUUCUUCCACGCUAUGGGUGGUCGUGAAGGUUUGAUCGACACGGCUGUCAAGACUGCAGAGACUGGUUAUAUUCAACGUCGUCUGGUUAAAGCUUUGGAGGAUAUUAUGGUUCACUACGAUGGCACUACAAGGAAUUCUCUGGGUAAUGUUAUUCAAUUUAUCUACGGUGAAGACGGUAUGGACGCUGCUCACAUUGAAAAGCAGUCUAUCGAUUCCAUUGCUUCUUCUGAUGCGGCUUUUGAGCGCAGAUACAGAAUAGAUUUGCUGAAUCCAAAGCACGCUUUGGAUCCAUCUUUACUGGAAUCAGGAUCUGAGAUUAUUGGUGAUUUGAAGCUGCAGUCGAUUUUGGAUGAUGAAUACAAGCAACUUGUUGAGGAUCGUGCAUUCCUCAGAAAAAUCUUUGUGGAUGGUGAACAAAAUUGGCCACUCCCAGUUAAUAUUAGACGUAUCAUUCAAAAUGCUCAACAAACCUUCCGUAUUGAACAUGCGAAGCCUACUGAUUUAACGAUUCGUGAUGUUGUAUUCGGAGUGAAGGAACUUCAAGAAAAACUACUUGUAUUGCGGGGUAAGAGCAAGCUUCUUAUGGAAGCUCAACACAAUGCUGUUACAUUGUUUUGUUGUUUGUUGCGCUCUCGUUUAGCCUCAAGAAGAGUCAUUCAAGAAUACAGAUUAACCAAGCAGACAUUCGAUUGGGUGAUGAGUAACGUUGAAGCACAGUUCUUGAGAUCCAUUGUUCAUCCUGGUGAGAUGGUGGGUGUUCUAGCAGCGCAAUCCAUCGGUGAGCCUGCCACUCAAAUGACACUGAACACUUUCCAUUUUGCUGGUGUUGCUUCAAAGAAGGUCACUUCGGGUGUUCCUCGUUUAAAGGAAAUUUUGAACGUAGCGAAAACUAUGAAAACUCCUUCGCUUACUGUUUACCUAGACAAAGAUCAUGCAGUUGACCAAGAGAAAGCAAAGUAUAUUAGAUCUGCCAUCGAACAUACCACGCUGAAAAGUAUUACUGUCGCCUCUGAAAUUUAUUAUGAUCCUGAUCCACGCGCUACUGUGAUUGAAGAUGAUGAAGAAAUUAUUCAGCUGCACUUUUCUUUGAUGGACGAAGAAACUGAGCAGUCGCUAGAUCAUCAAUCACCUUGGCUGUUACGUUUAGAAUUAGAUCGUGCGGCCAUGAAUGACAAAGACCUGACCAUGGGUCAAGUUGGAGAAAAAAUCAAAGAGACAUUCAAAAACGAUUUAUUCGUUAUUUGGUCUGAAGACAAUGCUGAAAAACUAGUUAUUCGUUGCCGCGUUGUUCGUGACCCUAAGACCCUCGAUGCUGAAGCUGAAGCCGAAGAGGAUCACAUGCUAAAGAGGAUUGAAAACACAAUGCUCGAAAGUAUCACAUUGCGUGGUGUUGAAGACAUUACUCGUGUCGUUAUGAUGAAGUACGAUCGCAAAAUACCAAGUCCUACCGGUGAAUACCAUAAGGUACCGGAAUGGGUCUUGGAAACAGAUGGUGUCAAUUUGGCGGAGGUAAUGUGCGUACCCGGAGUCGACUCUUCCCGUAUUUACACUAACUCGUUUAUUGAUAUCAUGAACGUGCUUGGGAUAGAGGCGGGUCGCGCUGCGUUAUACAAGGAGGUCUACAAUGUCAUUGCUUCGGACGGUUCUUACGUCAACUACCGUCAUAUGGCCUUGCUUGUCGACGUAAUGACUUCGCAAGGGUUCCUGAUGUCUGUUACUCGUCAUGGUUUCAAUAGAUCUGAUACUGGUGCUUUGAUGAGAUGUUCAUUCGAGGAAACAGUAGAAAUUCUAUUCGAAGCUGGAGCAGCGGCUGAGCUAGACGACUGCCGUGGUGUUUCGGAAAAUGUUUUGUUAGGCCAAGUUGCUCCUAUCGGUACGGGUGCAUUUGACGUAAUGAUUGACGAGGAAUCGUUAGUCAAAUUCAUGCCCGAACAGAAGGUGGGUGAAAUAGCCGACGGGCAAGAUGGCGCUAGAACACCUUACAAUAACGAAAGCGGCUUGGUGAAUGCUGAUAUUGAUGUCAAAGAUGAACUCAUGUUUUCGCCUUUGGUGGACUCAGGCUCGGCAGACGCUAUGUCAGGUGGAUUCACUGCCUACGGUGGCGCUGAUUAUGGUGGGGGCUCUUCUCCAUUCAGUGGUUACGGUGAUGGCGUCUCUUCUCCAGGCUUUGGAGGAGUUGCCUCGCCAGGGUUUUCACCUUCUUCACCAGCGUACUCCCCUACGUCUCCAAGUUACAGCCCAACGUCUCCGUCUUACUCGCCUACAUCUCCAAGUUACAGUCCGACGUCGCCUUCGUACUCGCCAACGUCUCCAAGUUACAGCCCAACCUCACCAUCAUACUCUCCAACUUCUCCAUCAUAUUCCCCUACUUCGCCAAGCUACAGUCCAACUUCGCCAUCGUACUCGCCAACAUCUCCAAGUUACAGUCCGACGUCGCCUUCGUACUCACCAACGUCGCCAAGUUACAGCCCUACCUCACCAUCAUACUCUCCAACAUCUCCAAGCUACAGCCCAACUUCGCCAAGCUACAGUCCAACGUCACCAUCGUACUCGCCAACGUCACCAUCAUACUCACCAACAUCUCCAAGCUACAGCCCAACUUCGCCAAGCUACAGCCCUACCUCACCCUCCUAUUCCCCUACUUCACCCUCUUACUCCCCAACCUCUCCAAGUUAUAGCCCGGGUUCGCCCUCCUACUCUCCAGGUUCACCCAAGAGGGAAGACAGCGAAGACGACAACAACAGCAACAACAACAAUUAA